UUGAAAUUUAGAGUAUUUUAGAUAAGUUCAUGGAAUAGAAAAUCUACUGAAGACUAAAUUUUUAGAGCUCUACUACAGAUGAUGAAAGUUUGUGGGAACAUCUGUAACGCAGCUGUAAUAAAAUUUGUUUACUUGAUUGGGAUUGCUUUAGAGGCUCACGCUGGUUCCUUUACCCCUAUUUUCUGCAUUUUUUUGCCGCAUGCCAAGAAAUAAAUUAACACCAACUCCUGGUGGGAUUAGGGGGUCAUUCAGUUUUGUGGCUAUUCUAAGAUUUUGGUUUUAAACUUACGUCCAUUUGAAAGCUCUUCUGUCCUGGCACAGGGCAUGGAUGGUGAAACCAGGAUACCAAAAGAUGGACUGAUUCUGAAAUUAACGUAUUUUCCAGAUGUUUGGAGAAUGGAGGCUUGUUUUCUGUGCUGCUUUUUGUGUGUUCUUGUGUAUGUCUCUUGUGUUUUCAUAGGAAAGCCCCUUGGGGAAGGGCGGAUCUGCUUUUCGGAUUGGGAAAUAAAAUAGGUGUUAAAUUUUUGUGUGAAAACUUUUGAGUUGGUAUUGCCAUUUCUGUGAUAGAUCGAAGAGGCAGCUUCGUUCCGAGGAAGGAGCUGUUGGGAAGGCUGGUGUUGGGGUCAAACUCCGAGGCAGUACCUGAAAGCAGACUUGUUCACAUCUCCAGCGAUUUUCAAUUAGGAAGCGCGCCCCUGGCGCCCUGACUCAGCAGCCUUUUAACCAUGCCUGACUAAAUAGACCUUGUUUUUGAAACUCACAGCAGUGCCUCGCUCCCUGCUGUCUUUUGUUCAUCCUGCUAACACACAGCUGUUUUGUUCAUACAUCAUUUUGUGUUCAGCUGCCCGGUGACUUCCUAUGGUGAAUGAUGGGACACAUGGGAGUUUGAACACCCAAGUGUGUGGUUAUUCAAACAGGAAGUCUCAAGGAAGCUCAGUAUCCUCGUCCGAGGAACAAAAGGUGGAACGGGAAAGGCCACGGAUGGUUCUAAGCCUAAACCAUCUGCAGGGAAACAGCUGACAGUUCCUGAGAGACAGGCACUCGGCAGCUUCAAGGUGGGAUCCUUUCUUCGGAACUUGAUUCAUUUUUUAAAAAAAUGCUUGGCGCCUCCCACCCUAAUCCAUAAAACAGACAGAAAUGGAGAUGAACAAAGUAACGUGGCCGCUUUACCCAUGGGGAAGCGUGUGGAUCUUAGGAAAGAAGGUGCAACAACUCGCCUUUCUGGAAGGCGACAAACGCUGUCCCCAGGUGCAAGCCAAGAGGUGGGACUUCACAGGGACUUGGAGAGCGGACGGGGUGGAUGGAAAGAUGAAAUUCUGCACAGCCUCUGGUCACUGAGCACUGGAGGACUGUGAGAUGAAGGAGAGAGUGGGUUCUACACAGGAAGCAUGCAUUCUAGCAGAGCCAUGGCAGUGAGGACCGUGUUGCCUCUGAACAUCCUGCUCACGGGUGCACCAGGGGUUGGAAAAACCACACAAGGCAGAGAACGUGCAUCAAGAUCGGGACUGAAACACAUUAAUGUGGGUGAUUCUGCUGGAGGAGAGCAGUUAUAUGAUGGUUAUGAUGAAGAAUAUGAUUGUCCCAUUUUAAAUGAAUUGAGAGUAGUUAAUGAGUUAGGAAACCAAAUGAGUGAAGGUGGAGUUCUUGUUGAUGACCACAGUUGUGAUUUCUUCUCUGAACGCUUGUUUCAUACAGUUUUUGUGCUGAAAACCGGUAAUAGUGUACUGUACCAAAGACUUGAAACAAGGGGUUAUAAUGAGAAGAAACUAAAAGAUAAUGUCCAGUGUGAAAUAUUUCAAAUUCUUUAUGAAGAAGCAUUAGCAUCCUACGAGGAAGAAAUAGUGCAACAGCUGCCCAGCAAUAAACUAGGAGAUUUAGAGGAUAAUAUCGAUCAGAUACUGAAGUGGAUUGAGGAAUGGAUCAAAGAUCAUAGCUCUUGACUUAUAAGACUGGCCACUUUAUAAUCACUCUUGUAUUUCCCUGCCCACAUCAUAUAAAUUGUCCAAUUAUUAGUAAACCCCUUUUAUUAAAAUUGUGCUGCAGAACUGGUAGGUGUAUAGUAUAAAGGUUUACGUUUGUGUGUUUUUUUCCCCCAUGAGAAAGCUGAACAACCUUAAGCAUAAUAAAUAUAAUGUUAUUAAAGAUGGGACUAGAAACAGUCAUCAUUUCAUGCUUCAAUUGCUAAAGAAUAAAUAAAUAUGACCAAAUGUGUGGAUGGAUAUCUUUUAAGUUUAU